CACUGUUUUGUUUUUGCCACACUUGUACUUCUGCUCUUAUUGUGGAGACAUGGCUGCUGCCAGCAGUUUUCUAUCUGAAGAUCAGUUUCUGUGCUCCAUCUGUCUGGAUGUGUUCACUGAUCCAGUCACCACAUCAUGUGGACACAACUUCUGCAAAAACUGCAUCUCUGAACACUGGAACAUUAAUGUCCCUUGCAAAUGUCCUGUUUGUAAAAAGGUUUUCAACACAAGACCUGAGCUGCUGGUCAAUACCUUUGUCUCUGAGAUGGUUGAUUACUUUAGACAGUCAGCUCAACAGAGAGCCAGCAGCAGCUCAGAGCAACAAGCUGCCAAACCAGGAGAAAUUCCCUGUGACGUCUGCACUGGAACUAAACUGAAGGCCCUGAAGUCCUGCCUUGUGUGUCUGGUUUCCUACUGUGAGACUCACCUGGAGCCUCAUCUGACAGCGACAGGUCUGAAAAGACAUCAGCUGAUUGACCCUGUGAGGCACCUGGAAGGCAGGUUGUGUACAAAGCACGAUAAACAGCUGGAGCUGUUUAUGCUUAAGAAGCACAGAGUCCGUCCUCUGUCACAUGAGGGCUAUGUGAGGCCAGCUGUUGGUGAGUUGUUGGGAACGCUUCAAUAUGACAUGGAGAAGCUGUUCCCAAAGGCUGAGCCCAAGACAGUCCAGCAGUCUGCAGUGGAUGUGGCACUUGAUCCUGACACAGCAAAUCCUAUACAUCUCUUCCCGAAGUCACAGCCUGAGAAGGUGGGGGUGUUUGUAGACAGUGACAAGGGUUUGGUCUCAUUUUAUGACGUUGAUGCUGCCCGUUUUAUCUUCUCCUUUACUGGCUGCUCCUUCACUGAGAAACUCUUCCCGUUCUUCAGCCCCUCUCUUAAUCAUGGGGGUAAAAACUCUGCCCCUCUGAUCAUCUGCCCUGUCAACCCUAAUUAGUAGAGUAACUGUUUGCUUUUCUGUAAAAAGAACUCCUUUUACAUAGCAAAUUUUCAUCUGUGCAGUGUGCACUAAUUCAUGUGGAUUUUGCCAUCUUUAUUAUACACCUGAUUCCUACUUAAUACUAAUAAUUUGAUAACAAAUGUAAUCAAUCUUGUAUUGUAUGUAGUUUAAUCCAACCUGCAUUUAAAUGUCACAAUAUCAGUUUAGUGGUUACAGACCUAGCUUGGGGAUGUUUACUUUGCCAAGUUACCUUAUGUUAUUUUUUUUUGUAUAAUUGCCUGCUUGUCAAAACUACUAAAAAGGAUUCAAAUUAAACAGCAGGUGAACGGUUAUGGCUGUGAGUUCUACCCUCAGUUGUUCAAUUUUAAUGUCAGCUUUUAUCUCAAAAAGCCAAAGAUAGUGAGAUAAAGAUUUAAAAAAUAAAAAUAAAUGCAACCUAGACCUACCUACCUACCUACCUACCUACCUACCAACCUAAUGACAUAAAUUAAAUGGCACUGGUCUAAGUUUGGAUGUCUAACUUUUCAUUUGAAUAUUUUAAAGCGUUUGUAAAAUUUCAAACAUAUCAUGCACACUAGUAUCAGACCUAUCUGUGAAUAUGUGGUCAAUGUGUGUUCUGUCUCUGGAUGUCUGUUCUCUCAUUACUGUUUAUACAAUAGAAAAUAUAGUGGGGAAAAUGGGAUUAUUGCGCCUCUGUGUGGAUGAACUGAAAUACUGAAACUGAACUGAAGUAAAUACAGAUUUUAUAAGAGUUUGUAUAAUUUCUUUUCUAGUAUUUUAUUUUAAUCAAGCAAAAAAAGCAGCUCCACACAAUCAGAGCAAAAUCAGAGACACAAACAGUACAAUAAACGGUAACAAACAUGAAACAAGAUUAUUAAAUAAUUAAAAAUAACUAGGUGAAUAAAUGAAUAAACGGGGUAGAUCAUAUGUUAAAUGAUCGUGAAGGAAUAGUUUCAUAUAAGGAACCAAGGCUAAUUUCUAUCACUGUCAUUUAAAUAGAAUGUAUAUUUUAUUUUAUUUUUUUCUUAGUUUUAUAUUUACACUUAUAUUGUUUACAUUGUGUGUUAUGUGCAAUCACUACUGUUUUACUGUAGUAGUAUUUUGUUUUUCUUUACUACUGGCUGCAGGUACAAAGAAUGCAUUUCACUGUGCAUUGUACUAUGUAUAACUGUGCAUGUGACAAAUAAAACCUCUUAUCUA